CUCAUCAAGACACAAGAAUCCUUCUUUCCCAUUUGGGAAAAAAAAGCCAUUUAAAAUUUAUAGCUAAGUAUGGUAUAUGAGGGGAAGAUGGGAGGCUUUACAGUUACUCUGUACACUGUUUAAUCUCAGGUUUUGUUUUUUGUUUUUUAAGAAUUUUGGCUCAGGACUUUUGUACUUUUGUUUUCAUAAUUAGAAAGCAGAAUAAGAUCAGUGUGCUUUCUGCUGAUGCGUUUAGUAGUGAGAGACGCUCAGUAGUGUGUUUGCUAUUGAAUCAAACAGAAGAGAAGGCCAGUGAUUGUGUGAGAAUCUGGAUUUCAAAUCUGCAAAAGGAAGGUGCAAAAAGGUAAGUAGUUUUUACAGAUGCAAUGGAUAGUGCUUUCUCGUUUUGAGGUUGUCAUUGUGUUGGUGUUUGCUUGUUUUUUUUUUUUUUAUUUGAUAGAGAAUUGCAGUUUAUGAGGUUUGGUCUAUUUUGCUAACAGUGUUUCGUAUAAACAGCAAUUUUUUUUGUUGGAAAAGCUUUUCUUACUAUGAACCCUUCAUAUUUGAAUGUUUUGAGUGAAAGGAUCCGAUCAAAGUAUUUGUUUUAAAGCCAUUAAGGGAACCAUGUCAACUUUUCAUUUAACAAAUGUUUAUUGAGCACAUCUGUGUGAAAGGCACUCUUCUAGGUAUUCUGAGUAUGACAUGAUGUGUGAGACAAAGUCCCUGUCCUCUAGGAGCUAAUUGGGAGGCACCAACUUGGAAGUGAUGAGGUUUGAAAGUGAGGAAAUACAACACAGUGUCUUUAAAGUUUCAUAAUUUAAAGAACUACUCGUUGGGUAUUAAAUUUUCAUAAUUUAAUAUGAUUUGAAAAAAAGACCUGCCAAUACAUUUUUUAAUCUCUGGUUGCUUUGAUUACACACUUACAUGUGGAGUUCUGGGGUUAAAUGAUGACCCAAGAGAUACUUUUGUAUAGGCUCUACCAAGAUCAUGACUCUGUACUCAUCAGUUGCUUUAAAAAUAAUUUUAUUCCUAUUUGAAUUAACCCUGAAUUAAGUCUUUUGGUAAAAAUAAAAAGAGCUUUUUGUUGAGUGCCUAUUAAGUGCCAGGCAUUGUACCACAUGCUUUAGUGUUUAUAACUCUGAUGAUAAUUUUCAUUUAUGUAAUAGGAAGAAAUUGGGGUUCAUUUAGCUUGGCAAGUCAUUUAGCUUAUUAAUGGUAAAGCAAGAAUUAAAAUGUAGGUCUAUCUAAUUCUAAAUCUAUCCUUUUUCUACUUUUCUUAUUAGAAAGUUAGUUGGUCUGGUGAUUUUUUUUUUUUAAGCAGUAAGUAAAGAAUUGGGUAUUUCUGAAAUUUAAUGCUUACCUUAAUGUUAGUGGCUGUAUGUGAUAAUACAGAGGCUCUGGGUGGUGCAAAUGGUUAACAUGCUUGGCUGCUAACCGAAAGGUUGGAGGUUCAAAUUGACCCAGAGGCACUCUGGAAGAAGGGCUUGGUGAUCUACUUUUAAAAAGUUAGCUAUUGCAAACCAUAUGCAACACAGUUCUCUUCUUGAUACACAUGGAGUCACCAUGAAUCAGAAUUGACAGCAGCUGGUCUUUAGUUGAUUAAUAGCCAUGGAACCAUCUGCUCUAGAGACUCCUCAUUUCCUUAGCAGUAUAUUGGGACAACAUAGUAGGCUCUAAAGUCUUGGUUCUUGCUUGUCCAAUGAGAUAGGUAAUAAAGAAUUAACAUUUGAGAGACUACUAAGUUCAUCAAUGUAUGUGUGCUUUGAAUUCUUCAGUCUUCAAGAGGAAUUUAAUAAAAUUUUAAUAAUUUCUUCUUUAUUUUAUUCUGACAUUAUAUGUGGUGCAGAAGUGUCUUUUAAAGUUGAGGAGUUGUCCACUGUGUGGCAAAAGGAUUUGAUCCUGGAAAAAAGAAUUUAAUAUGUAUGUGGAUUGAUCAAUAACUUUUAUAAUCAUUUGAUUUUUUUUUUUUUUUUUUUUGCCUUAUUUUUUUGCCCUACUUUUGGAGUUAUUUGAUUGAAGAACACAUUUUCUGUUUGUGGAAAACAAGAGGAGGACACAUUUAACUCAACAGUAACAACAUACAGAGAAAAAAAAAAGGAAGAAAAGAAAGAGAUACUAAGUGAUUAGUAGACCUGGGCAGAUUGUUAGGGUACUUGGAUAUUUGGUUCUAGUUCCAACCUCUCCAAUUUAACACUGUGAUUUUGGGCAAAUCAUUGUGACUUUCUGGGCUCCAGUCCAUCUAGUUCUCUUGUAAGGCUAGUUUAUUUUGGCUUUGGGCAGUUCACUUAAACACAUAGAAACAAAAUUUAGGCCUCAGUCUAUACGUAAAGUGAAUAGGGUGACCAGGUGGCCUGGUUUUUCUGAACCAUUCUAAUUUAAUUGUUAAUAUCUCUUCCUUUCUUAAAGGUAGCUUGCUUUGGCAGAUAAUGACGUGGUCGCCCUAAAAAUAAGGGUGUUUGAAUAUCAGGUUAAAAAGUUUGUUAAGCUUAGUUAUUUAUUUGAUAUUGAAUGCCUUUAGAUGGGACAGCCUUUAGUUUUGUCUGUGCUCUUUCAUUAUUGUUUUAUACCCAACCCUCUUAGCUAAUUUAGAUUAUCUGCCACCAUGUGUGCUUGUUAGCAAUCCUUACACCAUUUUCUUUUUAUAAUUGUUACUAUACAGUCUUCUACUAGCAGAUGAAAAUAAUGAACCCUACAAAUUCAGCUUGGAUUUUCCUAUUCCCUUUGGCGUAGUGGUUAAGAGCUUGGCUGCUAACCAAAAAGUCAGCAGUUUGAAUCCACCAGCUGCUUCUCGGAAACCCUGUGGGAUCUCUGUGAGUCGGAAUUGACUAGAUGGCAACGAGUUUUAUUUUUUUUUCUUAACCUUAUCGUUUUGUGAUUUUUGUCAUGGGUAUGCUUUUCUUCAUUUAGCAUUAUAUAAUAAGCGUUUCUUCAAGUUGCUAAACUGCCUUAAUGAUUAUUUUAGGCAGAAUAAUAAAUUAGUGGUUGUGCCGUAAAUUUUGUUUAGGUUUUUAUCAUGGGAAUUCAGUUUCCAUAUAUGUAUCACCCAGGGCUUCAGCAUUUCUCAGCUUUAAGCCAAACCUGUUUCCUCAUACCUGCCUCCACUGAACUAUUUUCAGGCAAAUCCCAGACAUAUCACUUUAUCCAUAAAUAUUUAGUAUAAAUCUAAAAGAUGAGGACUUAAGACACACAACCAUAGUAAUAUUAUCACACCUAAAAUAAUAGCAAAAAUACGUUUAUGUCAUUCAGUUUAAAAAUGCUACACAUUGUUUCAAAGCUCUCAAAAACAACAUCAAUACUAUUAUAAGUUUUGUUCAAAUCAGUUCCAAAUAAAGUUCAUACUUUGCAGUUGGUUGAUUUUCUUAAACCUUUUUUCAUCUGUAGUUCUCCUGCCAUCGCUUUAAUUCUCUUGCAAUUUAUUUUUAAAGAAACCAUGAACUUUGUUUUGUAGAAUUUUCUACAUUCUUGAUUUUUUUCUAAUUGCAUCCCCUUCAAUGCAUUUCCAUAACAUUUCGAAAUAGUUCUUUUCCCAUAGGAGCUAACUGACAGGGCAGCAACACAGUCCUCCCAAGGUCUAUUUUGAAAGCCUCUCUUCCCUUGUUUUGGGUCAGUAGAAAUAAUUAUGGAUAUCUCUUAACGUGCCUGCAAACUUUUAGACCUAUCCUUUACCCACACCUCCAACUCCAAGUCCAAACAUAGAAGAGUGUAACCAAUCAAGGUAAUCUACAAAGAAAAACAGCCUUCAACCCAGCCUUCUGAAAAGGUAGUUCCUCAGCCUUCUCAAUUUAUACCUGAAGGGGUAUUAAUUAUUGGGACCAACCGUUUCUGCCUGCACAGAGGGUUUUUUUUAAAUGGUCUGUUCAUUGCUAGUCUUCACAAGAAACACAUCUGAUACUACCUGUGGGAAUGUAUUUAGUACAUCUUACAAAAAUGGUAAAAAAAAAAAAAAAAAAAUUGAAAUCCUGAAAAAUCUUUUUAAAUUCCAGUUCUCUUGACCUGACAUUAAGGAAUCAUGAAGUAAAUGCUUGUGUUUAAAAAUGCUUGCGCAUUUUAAUUUUGUAGUACGCUUAUUAAAGGUUGUAGCUAGUUGUAUUUUAGGAUCAAUCUUAUACAAAUUUUGACAUUUUUGUGUGUAUGUGGGGUACUAUUGCAUUAACAACAAUUGAAGUGAUUUCUUCAGAAAACCUCAGGUUUCACUGUUUUUAAAACAAUUUGUAGCAAAUUUACUUGUUCUUUAAAGAAAUAUAAACCAAGACAAUGAUUUCUUUUCUUUACAGAGACCAUGAAACGUAUGGUGCAAUAGCCCUACUUUGGUGGGAAAAAUAUACAGCCAUUCUGGUGAAGCACUUUGUUGGCCUGGCCUUGGCCACAGUGAACUACACUUGUUUGGUAAGGAAGCAAGAAUUGCCAGAUUUGGAGCUCAUACACCACAAACUCAGUAUUCAGUAAGUACUGGAUGAUGGAAUUUGAAACAGAUUUAGAAAGGAUUUAAAAAGACUAAAAUACAGUAGGUUGUUGGACCACGUAUUUUUGGUAAAAUAGAAAUAGUGAAAUGAUAAUAGGCUUGAAUAAAUUACCUUUAAAAAAAAAAAAAAAGUCGUCCUGUUGUAGACCUCUGUGGCACCUUUGGACAUAACCCAACCCAAACCCAUUGCCAUUGAGUCAAUUCCAACUCAUAGCAUCCCUGUCUGACAGAGUGGAACUGCCCCAUAGGGUUUGCAAGGCUGUGAAUCUUUAUGGAAGCAGACUGCCACAUCUUUCUCCUGCAGAUCAGCUGGUAGGUUGAAGCCACUAACCUUUUGGUUAGCAGCUAAGUGCCUUAACCACUGUGCCACCAGGGCUGCUUAUUGGACAUAAUACAGAUGAAGUAUUAAAAGUACGUAGAAACUAAAACAGAAAAAGGGGACACUUCAACUUCUUAUUGGUAUCUGAGAACCAGGACCAAGGGAAUUCUGUUCAAGUGUUUGAACUGAUGAGUAUUUACAUUAAAAAUUAAAAAGAAGAUCCUUUUAUACUAGUGUUCAUUUUCUUGGGAAAAUAUCAAGCUAUGUUGUUAAAAUAAAUGAUACCAUACAAAAGUGAAGUAAAGGUUUGUCUAAUCUUAAAAAUAUCUUGCCACUGCCUAGCUAUUAUUUUCUUGGGUGGUUAUUUUAAAAGAAAAAAUCACUGUAGGGAGUUAAAUAAUUUGAAUAAUAUUCAGAUGUUAUUACUGUUUUUGCUUUUGAAAAGGCUGAAGCAUAUGUGUUUUCUGUAUAGGUGCUUCCAUUUUUAUUUCCAAGACUUGUUAUCUAGGGAAGUUUCUUCAGAGGACUGUUUGAAGGUACACGCCUGGGAGCUUAAAAUCUUAAGUUAUUAAAGGAGUAUUGAUAAACUUUUUUUUUUUUUUUUUAAAUAAAGAUCGAAUAAAUUCUUACGGCUAGAGAGAUGUUCCCUAAGAAUUUUUUUUAUAUAGUUCCUUAUCUACCAGUUAAUUUUUAAAUAUAUUUCCUUGUUUCAUAACUUAUGCAUGUUUUGUUAUUGAUGUUGUAAAAGUCAUUUUCCUUCCCCCCCACACAUUUGGUUACCCAUAGUCUCUGCAGAUUGCCGUUGUAAUAUUUGGGAGUUUUAAUUAAAAACAUUAUUCAGUCAUUUACAGUUAAUAAAAUUAAACACAUUUAAUUUUAAUGUAAUAAUAGCUAUCAUGUUGUACCUGCUUACUUUGUACCAGGCCCUAUGGUUAGCACUUAUGUAUAUUCUUUAAUUUUGAUAGCAACUACAUCACAUUUCUUAACUGCAAUUCCAAAAUUCAAAAAGCUGUGAAAACUGAAGUUUUUGUUACUUUUUCGGUAGCAAAACCUAGUCUAACCUGAAAGGAUGUGAGGCUGUUUAUAUCUGUUUAUCCCAUUUAAUAUGAAUAUUUUUUUCACUUAUUUCACUGCUGAAAUAUUAAUAUGCUUGAUUAUGGGGUACUCAUCUUUUGAAAACCAAAACAAAUUCUGAAUUCUAAAAAAAAAAAAAAAAAUUCUGAAUUCUGAAGCCCAUCUACCUCCAUGGGGAUCCCUGAUAGCACAGUAGUUAAAAGUGCUCAGCUGCUAACCAUAAAGGUCGGUGGUUCGAACUCACCAGCCACUCCAGGGGAGAAUGGUGCGGUGAUCUACUUCUGUAAGGAUUUACAGCCUUUGAAACCCUAUGGGGAUAGUUUUACUGUGUCCUAUAGGGUCUCUAUCAGUUGGAGUUGACUCGACGACAGUGGGUUUGGUUUUUUGGUUUUAAGCCUCUGAAUCCUUACCUGUCUCCUAUAGAGGAGAAAAUUAGGUUGUUCUGUUGCACCUGGUCGUCUGGUGGUUUUUGGUGAACCUGGUCUGUUUUGCUUUGUUUUAAAACCAAUUUAAUUGGUUACCAGCAUUCAAAUUGGGUAACCACAGUCAUCACCAUUCUCUUUGCUUAAUCUGCUUGGCCCUUCUAGGUAUAGCCCCAUUCCUCGCAAAGUGCAUUUCCUGAUCAAUAAUCACAAUGAUUUCUCUACUGUCAGACUAAGUAGCAUACUGGUUUUUUAAUAUAGAUUUUGUGCUUAGCAGUACAUGAAGUGAGUUUGCUGGCAUUUACACUUCAGUAAGAAAUUUUCUUUUUAUAUAAUUUCUUUGAAGGUUUUGGUGGAACCGAGGUAAACUAAAUUUAAGACUAUUUUAAAAACAAAUUAUUUUUUAACUUUUUAUUUUGAGAUAAUUUCAACAUAAAAAACUCAAGAAUGGCACAGAAAACUGUAAACUUUUUAUUUAGAUUCACUAAUUUUUAACAUUUUGCCACAUUUGCUUUAUGAUUCUCUAUAUAAAUAGAUACAUACAUUUUUUUUCCUGAAAUAUUUAGGAGUAGUUUGCAUACGUCAUUCUCUUUUACCCCUUAAUAUUUGAGUGUGUAUUUUCCAGGGCUUUGAACUGAUUUGAACUAGUUCAUGCAUGGCCGACAAAGCGAAAUUGGAACAGACCUGAAGUUUUAAAAUACGGAUGAAGCGGUAUGAUAAGCGGAACGGGAAAAAUUACAGGUCGAAGUGCUGGAAUGGGAGACUUGAAAGAGGAGUCGUGAGCCCUUUCAGGAGCCUGAUGUGGGAGAUUGGCUUAUUGCCAGGACUGUUGAGAGGAACACAACAUUCAGAGGGAUGUAGUCGGCUGCCAUCUUUGAGCAGGGCACUGCUGUUUCCAACUCUGCUGGUCAAGAGGUUUCGUUGCUAAGCAGUGCAUGCACUCCUUGGUUUCUAAGAUGGAGAUUAAGUUUCUAGCAGGGCUUCGACCCGUAAUUUUUCCCAUUCUGCUUAUCGUUCUGCUUCACCCACGUUAAAAAAAAAUUUGAGUCUGUUCGGGUUUUGCUUUGUUGUCCAUGACUGAACUGAACAGAAUCUGUGUAAAGUCCUGGUAUUUUCUAAGAACAAAGAUAUUCUCAUACAUAACCACAGUUUAGUUUGUAAAUUCAGGAAACAUUGAUAGAGUACUUUUAUCUAAUUUGCAGCCCCUAUUUCAUAACCUUGUCAGUUUUCUAAAAAAUAUCCUUUCUAGCUUUUUUACCCCUUCAGUACAUUAUCGUGUAUUGUAUUUAGUUGCAGUAUAAUAAUAAAUAUAUGCAAUAAGGAAUAUCUCUCAAUUUGGGUUUGUCUGGUAUUUGCUUAUGAGUAGGUUAGGUAUACAAGCCGUGUUGUCCUCAGGGUGUUGUAUCUACAGGCACAUGAUAUCCAUUUGCCCUCGUUGGUGAUGUUCACUUUGAUUCUCCAGUCAGGUCAGGGUGUUGUCCUGUUUCUCCUCCCUGGAGUUAUUAUUACUUCCCUUGCAAUUCAUAAUCCCUGUAUGAUCUUGCAAAUAUAUGACUUCUCAUCAAAUUUUCUCAUUUGUCCUGAGAUUAAAUUUUGACAUUCUCGCAAAGAUGUGAAAUGUGAACCAAAGUAAGUUCCCUCCUUUAUGAUUUAACCUGUUGCUAAUUUCUAAACAGGGCGGUGUUUUGUUCUGUUGUACAUAGGGUUGCUAUGAGUCCGAACCGCCUUGACGGCAUCUAACAACAACAAUUGAUAAACAUCUUUUAGCAUUGUAAGGAGAGGUAGUUUCUAAAGACAUCUGCUUGAAAUAAAAUAAAUCUGGAUAUUAUUUUUCAGUUGGUUAAAUUGCAUAUGAUUUUUUUCCCACUGUUAGGUUCUUUUAGUUUUUUUCAAGAGGAUGGAAUUGUGGGAGGGGAAGGUUUCUUUUGUCUUCUGUUGAUACUUCUGUUGUUUGCUGGGAGGGGUUUGGUCUAGCCCGCACUGGGACCUGUCUCAACUGACCCUCUGUAACUUUUUUCUGAGCAGUGAAUUCCUCAGGACCUCUGUUCCACUUGCAUAAAGUUUGUAAUACCUUUGCUUUUUACUUCUUUAUUUUUAGUGUAUCAAAUUUUAAAAAGAAUCCCCUCCUCCAGUUGCAGCUUGGUAACCAGAAUUGGAGGGAAUAAAAUGAGAAUCAGUUGUGCACCGUUACAACUGUUGUAAACAGGUAGGAAAAGAAUAUAAUCCUAGGUCAGGGAAGAGUUAAUUGAGUUGCUGUGAAGUUAAUGCUGAUGAAACUUUUUCAGCAUUUAAAAAAAAAAAACCUUUCAGAAUAAGAGGUAAGAGUUAUAAAUAUAUCUGACUUUUGAAAAAAUUGGGCUUUUGUUGAUAAUAGUUUUGAGAUUUUCCUUUGGGCAGGGAAUUUGGAUGAUGGUUAUGAGCUUUACCCCAAGAAGUGAUGCAUAUUUAGGUAUAGGAUUGAUGAGUAAUGCUAGAAAUCAUUAACAAAUACCAUCAUUUUGUAAAGCUUAUCAUUAAGUGAAUAAAAGUUUUAUUCAUUUAGUCAAAGCUAGAACCAUCAGAAGAAUUCAGAUAGCUUUAAAUGGAAUCCAAAUACCACAUAAUAUUUUCAUAUUUCCUAUAAUAGUCACGUUUUGAAUUUUGAUGAAAAUACCCCACAUUUACAUUUGUUUCUCCUUUGCAUUAGGCUGAGGAUGAUUCUUUUUCAUAAUGAUUAUCUCUUGCCGUGACACAAAAUAACUAUUAAACCCCAGUAUGCUACCCCCUCAAAUUUUUGGUACUCGUUACUCCUACUAAAUUAUUAAGAUAGCUAUUUUUAAAAUCUUUUAAUUUUGAAAUAAUUAUAGAUUCACUGGAUUUCGCAAAGGUAAUUUUUAAGAGACAAUAAUUUUGUUGCUGCUUUAUAUUAUUUAGGGUAUAGUUUCAUAGGUUGGUGGCUUUUAAACUUUUGGAGCAGUGUUAGAUAUUUUACAUCUGGAUCCAAGUAUACAUACGUAUACACAUGAAACAGAUUCAUUGCAGUUACAGGUAUUUACUCUUACCAUCCUUGUGCACUCUGAUUAUUUUAAUGAUAGUCGUGACCCUUGAAAUUGAUUUCAUGACCAGUGUCUCCACCCUACCGUGGGUAGUGUUUUCCAUGUAAGUGUGACAGCAUGAUGAUUGAAGUGAAGUGAGGACAGAUGACUCCCCCUCUUCUUCUAAGAGUGAUUUGUCUUUGUGGUCCUUUGAGGAAGUUUUUUUUUUUUUUAAUACCUAAAACAUUUACCAUUUCCACAGUUGUCACAUGUACAGUUCGGUAACAUUAAUUGUGUGCAUUAUGUUCAACCAUCAUCGUUAACCAUUCCCAGAUUUUUCCAUCAUACCUAACAGAAGCUCAGUUUCCCCUAAGCAUUGUGAGGAAGUUUUAUUAUUAUUAUUUAAAAAUACUUUUCUGACACAUCAGGGGAUUGGCAACCAAUGUCACAAAACAAUAUAUAUAUUAAUUGUUUAAUGAGAAACUAAUUUGCUCUGUAAACUUCCACCUAAAGAACAAUCAAAAAAAAACAAAAAACAAAAAACAAACUUUUCUGCUAUUUCCAAGUAUCCACCACCCAUAGUUACUACUUUUUUAUCUUUCCCUUUUUCUUUUGGUUAAUUUCCAUUUCUCAAUGUACAAUUAAGUGUUUCCUUAUGUUAUUCAGAACAUUUAAUGCUUGAGUAUUUUAUAUGCUUAAGAGAGAAAGGCAAGGAAAAAAACAAGUCAGAUGUGAAAUUAAUGUUCUUAUUAAAUACCAUGAGGGUAAACGUAACAGAUUCCACAAUUUACUGGAUAUAAAUAGCUUUAAAAUAGUAGACUCGGUCAUUCUCACAUUGAGAUAAUAAACUAAGGGUAUGGGAAGGAUCCUAAACUCUAGCAAAUUAUUGGUUUGAAAAUAAGAUCAAAUUGUUUAAAUAAAGUAAAUGAAAGGUAUACUUUUAGCCAAGAAAAAGGCUAACACUUAUUGACCAGUAAUCCUCACCUGAAUCUUUUAAAGUAGGAAAUAUUAUUACUACAUCUUGCACAUACAAAAACUGAAGUUUAGAGGGGCUAAGUAACUGGCCCAAGGAUAUAAAGACUUGGUAAGAGAUAGCUGUGAAACUUCACCUCAACCGUUAGGAUAAUUACGGUUUAGUUAUUAAUAAAAGGAAGGAAAUUUACUCUUUACCCCAAACUCAUUGCCGUCGAGUUGAUUCCGUCUUAUAGUGACCCUGUAGAACAGAGUAGAACUGCCCCAGAGAGUUUCCAAGGAGCAGCCCAGUGCUUAACCACUGCGCCACCAGGGCUAUCACGUGGAAGUGUAAUGGGGGCAAAACGAUGGCUUCUUAUGAGUUACAAAAUUUUAUUGUUAAUAAUACAAAUAGCGAUCUUACCUCAGAUAAGUCAUACUGUUUUACAUAGCUCUACAUUAAAAAACAAAAAUUACCUCUCUGUUUUUAAAAAAGUGGUUAUUGAGCACCUAUGUAAGAAAAGGCUUAAUGCUCAAUUGCCACGCCAGUACUUGUUUAAGUAGUCAGGCAGCAAACACUUAGGUGCCAGAUGCUCUGCUACAGUAGAAAGUAGCUUUUUGCAAAGUUUGAUCCAGUGAGGAGGGUGCCCUUUGUGGAUUAGCCCAGACCUAAGUUUGUCUCACCCUAGGUAAAAAAAGGCUUUCCUCUUCAUGGUUUGUAUUUGCUACAAGUUGUUGGUUUGUGGUAGCCACGCUGAUAAAGACUUUAGGAGGGAAACUAUUUAGGUGUUAGGACCAGGUUUCCAGAUAUCCUGGUGUUUGUCAGUUCUUCAUAUAUAAUUUGUCUGAGUUUAGUUGUUGUGUCUACAGCUGUCAGUACCUAAUCUCAAAGUUUUUUCCCAAAAAAGGUAUUCUGAAUCUUUUUGGAGGCAUAAGAACAUUUUAGAAAAUCUGAGAGCUAGAGACCUAUUCUCUAGAAAAACAAGCAUAUACAAAACAUUUGCAUCUAAUUUCAGGGAUUCUACCUGACAGCCUGAAGCCAGUUCUUGAGUUCUUUAAAGGACUGGCAUUAGGAUUGUAUCGUUUGAAUCAAAUAGUGCUUAGAAUGAACAUGUUAACAUAUAUGCUGAAAUUAUUUAGUAGUGAUUUCAUUUUUAUGUGAAGGAAACUGAACAUAGCAAAUUUAGUUUAAAUGUUGGAUUCUUGAUGUUUAGCCCAGGCAUAUUAAGCCACAGUUAUUUUUAAGUCUAUAUGAGAAACAAGGCUAUUGACCUCUGUUUUAUUAGAAGCUGAGGGUUAUUAAGGUUUAUGUCCUACAUACUACCCGUUGCCGUUCAGUUGAUUCCGACUAUUGCUUUACAAGCUGGGUCUGGACCUAUAACGGAGUUUUGAAAUCGGUUUAUAAGAGCUUGGCUGCUAACCAAAAGGUCUGCGGUUCAAAUCCACCAGUCGCUCCUUGGGAACCUUAUGGGGCAGUUCUGCUCUGCCCUGUAGGGUCGCUAUGAGUUGGCAUUGACUCAAUGGUAACGGGAUUUGGUUUUGGACUAUCAUUAAAACCAAUGAAAUAGACCAGAGUGGGAAAAAAUAUCUUUAUGUAUCACAUAUGGUAAGCUUAAGUAUUUGGUUACUUUUGUUUUAGUGUACAUAUGUAUGCAUACAUGCAUGUAUACAUGUAUGUUUUUAUUGGAUUACAGUGUGAAAAUACUUCUUAAUGUGGGAUGUGAUUUAAAAAGUUUGAAAGAUAUAACUGUACCUUUCUGCUUUUGAGGUAGUUUACCAAAUUCCUGGUGUUUUUGCUUUUAUUUGAGGGGACAGGGUGAAGGAGCUUAAGAAUUAGGAUGGUAAAAGAGCAACUUUCUUUGAAUUUUUAUUGAUCAGCCAAUAAAGUUGAAAUGGGAUUUUGUUGAUGCAGCUUUUUUUGGUAGUUAAGUAAUGCUGAAUUUGCCUUGUGAACCUUUUGAAAGGUAUUAUAACCCAAGAAAGAUAUGUAUGUUACAAAUUUAUAGUUGUAUUUGCUGGCCAUAUUGUAGUAAUAUCACAUGAUGUUUAACAUUAAGCCACCUGAUAGAACAUCCUUCUAAUAAGACUGAGAAGGUCUGUUUUAAGUAAGGUCACCUAUGCUGCUUAGGGCAGCUAUUUGAAGUAUUUGUUUUUACCUAAAAUUUAGAACCAGAAAAUGAAAGGACUUUGAGAUUUUGAUGGGAAGUGGUCAGUAGCUUAUUUUUAAAUAUGAAAUAGGUUUCAGGAACAGUCAUACAUUAAGUGUUGUUUAAAAAAUUGAAUUGUAGACAUUAACUGAAUGGCUUCUUUUGUUUUUCAUUUCUUUCAAAGGUUUGGGCCCCAUGGGAUCCCUGUGACAGUAUUUCCCAAAAGGGAAUAUAAGGAUAAACCUGAAGCCAUGCAGCCCCAGAGUAAUACAUUCCAAGAAGGGACAGAAGUCGAUCGAGAAGCGAACGGUGCUGUUCCCCACGACCCUCCUCCUGUCCCACCUCCCGAGCCGAGCCUGGCUGAAAGCCUGUGGACUUCCAAACCACCACCUCUCUUCCAUGAAGGAGCACCUUAUCCUCCCCCUUUGUUUAUCAGGGACACAUAUAACCAAUCAAUACCUCAGCCACCUCCUCGGAAAAUUAAGCGACCCAAACGAAAAAUGUAUAGGGAAGAACCCACUUCUAUAAUGAAUGCUAUUAAACUACGGCCCAGGCAAGUCCUGUGUGACAAAUGUAAAAACAGUGUUGUUGCUGAAAAAAAGGAAAUUAGAAAAGGUAGUAGUGCAAGUGACUCUUCUAAAUAUGAAGAUAAAAAACGGAGAAAUGAAAGUGUAACUACUGUGAACAAAAAACUUAAAACUGACCAUAAAGUGGAUGGGAAAAACCAAAACGAAAGCCAGAAAAGAAAUGCUGUGGUUAAGGUUUCAAAUAUUGCUCACAGCAGAGGCAGAGUAGUUAAAGUUUCUGCUCAGGCAAAUACAUCAAAAGCUCAGUUAAGUACUAAAAAAGUACUCCAGAGUAAGAACAUGGAUCAUGCAAAGGCUCGGGAAGUGUUGAAAAUUGCCAAAGAAAAGGCACAAAAGAAGCAAAGUGAAACCUCUACUUCCAAAAAUGCACAUUCAAAAGUCCAUUUCACACGUCGAUAUCAGAAUCCUAGCUCAGGUUCCCUUCCACCCCGGGUUCGGUUAAAACCACAAAGGUACAGGAAUGAAGAAAAUGACUCUUCUCUGAAGACAGGGCUUGAGAAAAUGCGGAGUGGCAAGAUGGCACCCAAGCCCCAGUCUCGCUGCACCUCCACCCGCUCAGCAGGUGAGGCCCCUUCAGAAAAUCAGAGUCCCUCCAGAGGCCCACAAGAGGCCGGCAGUGAGGUUCAGGACACAAAUGAAGUGCAUGUGCCUGGUGAGCAGAAUGAACCACAGACAUUGGGCAAAAAGGGCAGCAAAAGCAAUAUCUCUGUUUACAUGACCCUAAAUCAAAAGAAAUCUGACUCUUCCAGUGCAUCAGUGUGUAGCAUUGAUAGCACGGAUGAUUUGAAAUCUUCCAACUCUGAGUGUAGUUCUUCAGAAAGCUUUGACUUUCCUCCAGGCAGUAUGCACGCGCCUUCCACCUCCUCCACUUCCUCCUCUUCAAGGGAAGAGAAAAAGCUCAGUAAUUCCUUGAAAAUGAAAAUCUUUUCCAAAAACGUCUCUAAGUGCGUCACACCAGAUGGCAGGACCAUAUGUGUAGGGGACAUUGUUUGGGCCAAGAUUUAUGGCUUCCCUUGGUGGCCAGCCCGUAUUCUUACUAUAACUGUGAGCCGGAAAGAUAAUGGCCUUUUAGUCCGACAGGAGGCCCGCAUUUCAUGGUUUGGGUCUCCAACAACAUCUUUCCUUGCUCUUUCGCAACUCUCCCCCUUUCUAGAAAACUUCCAGUCACGCUUUAAUAAGAAGAGAAAGGGCCUGUAUCGAAAGGCUAUCACAGAGGCAGCUAAAGCUGCUAAGCAGCUGACCCCUGAAGUGCGGGCUCUGUUGACACAGUUUGAAACUUGAAUGUGGACAGUCAGGUAGGCAAGAACGAUUGGAAGGCGCCACAGAUUUUCCAGUCCAGUUAGGAAAAACUUCCUUGAAAUACCCUGGCCAAAUGAGAGAGAGAAAUUGCACUCAGUUGGCUGGUUUUUUUUUAUACUUACCUGAUAGCCAUUUUUGACUGAGAAGCUUAAACUGAACAUGCAAUCAAGUUUUGUCUUAAGGAAGUGAUAUUUUAGCAGUAUUUUUCAGUUUUACACUCUAAAAUCAUCCCAAGGCAUAGGAGCCAUAGCCUCAACUGAAAGUGAAUUUUUGCAGGGACUGUUAAUAGCCGUUUGUAUCUAGCACUAUAUAUAUAUAUAUAUAUAUAUAUAUAUACAUAUAUAUAAAAUAUAUAACCUGUCACUAUGUGACAAGGGUUGCAGACCUGGGGUUGCAGUAAGGGCUGGUGAACUGGGGGAAUAGUGUAGAUAUUUAAUGACUACUUGUUUUGUUUUUUGAUUGAACACUUAGCCUAUCUAUGCACAUAGUGGCAUAAGGGUUUGAUACUUAGGUGUUUGACAAACUGAGAUGCUUCCUAUACAGUUGCGGCCUGGGGAGAGAGCCCAGUGCUUGGGAUUAAGGCUGGAUAGGUUUGAAUCAUCACUUUCUUUCUUCCACUGGGGAUUUAACAAAAACUUUCAAACUUCAGGUUUGGAAGUUUUGAUAGGUUUGUUUUUGGAUAUGUAAAUAGCUGAUUCCUAUAUUUGGUCAGAUUUCUCCUGACUGGCUGUUCCUAAAUUCUUAGGAUACGUCCUAGUAAAUUACACUUUGUGAAUUGUCAUAUGUGUAAUCGUUGAAUUUUGGAUGUACCUAAUUUGAUAAGUUUUAAAAAAUAUUUCCAUUUAAGGUAUCUGUUUGCAGGUCAGAAAAUGAGAAAAUGUAAUUGUGUAAUGUGCUGAAAUGUAAAAAAAAAAAAAAAAAAACAAAAAAGCUGUAAAUAAAAUUGACUAAAGCCGAAUUAUUUGUGUGUGUUUCUCAAAAAGCUUGAAAAAUUUCAAGAUGGUAGAAAACAAUUCUUUGUAGUAGUGUUUAGAGGAGGGAAAAGAGCAAACUUUUUUUUUCCUAUUUGCCCUAUUGGAAUAUAUUACAAGUAUAGGUAAAAUUCAAAUGACAAGUGAUUAAUCAGUAUAUUCUUAAAAUGGAUUUUUGUAGUGUAGAGGUCUGGUAUGCUUCUAUAUUUAAUACCCCUCUCGCCAAUUUCUCAUAAAUGUGGGUUUUAAUUUUUCAUUUUUAGCGUUGAUAUUUUAUCACAUGCUUUAUUUUUUUACACUUGGGUAAUUACAACCAGUCUCUUCUCUAUGGUGUUGGUCCUCUGCCUCAGGUAUCAUUGCUUUUAGGGGCUAGUAACAUAGCUCACUUUUCUACAUGGUCUGUUUUAUCCAUAAGAUUUGAUUUCUUAUUCUUCAUUUCAGCUUUGUAUGAUUAGUGAAAAAUAUAUCUGAUAGCCUAUGGAGGCAAAUUUAUCCCAAGAUUUUUUAAGUUGCUUUCUACUUUUUGUGUCUGACAUAGCUAAUUUAACUUUUAAAUUUGAUACAAUUUUGAUAAAUUUGAUACAAUUGGAAACUUGAAACUUUUGAGAGCAACUUUGUGGAUUUCUAAAUCCAACUUGAAAGAUUUUAGUUACUAAGGAAUUUAUAAUGAAAAAAUUAAUGGAGAUUGAAAAUCAGUAGUCUUCUGUCAGCUUCCUUAAGGUUAUGGACUUCUGUGAUUUCUGCAAAAGCAAGUAGAAUUCCUGGGGAACUCGGUCAAUGCUUUUUGAUUAUAAUAAACACACAAUUAAAAAACCAAGAUGUUUCACUUGAAUAGAACAUAUUCUUUCCUGCAAACAGAAACAACUAUACUAUUGCAAAAAAUCUUUGUUUGAUUAUAACAAGUUGAAAAAAUUUAGUGUGAUUGAAGGGUUAUAAGGAAGUUUCUCAGAAGUAUUUGUUUCGGAUUAAUGAAUUUGCUUUAUUCAGAUACUUUUGAAAGUUUGAAAUCAAAAGUCCAGAAAGAUUUAAACCAGCAGAGCAAAAAGUCACCCACAUUUUUUAAUUUCAAAGUUUUGUGUAAUGAUCCAGUUGACUUCUAACAGUGAUUCUGAAAGUAAAUAUUGCUAAUACAGUCAGGUGCUUUGGCAAAUGUGCUCUGUGGCAUAAACCAAAUUUGGUUUGUUUCAGAAACCAUGGGGAAAAAGAAUAAAGAAAAUAAAGUCAUGACUGUAAAGUAGAAAAAUUACAUUGAAUUUUAUAUUGUCCAUACCUUGAGGAAAAGGUUGAACCAUAAUCACAGAUUUGCUUGAUUUCUAAUUAUCAUGCCAAAUGAUCCCUCCAUUUUAAACUGACAGUGUGGCAUGUUUCAUCUGAGGUUUCAAUAGGGAAACAAGUUUUAAGGAAUUUCUCUAAUAGUGUUAGAAAGUAUAUUGUGAACACUCAAGUCCAAUAGCUACAUAUUAAUGUUUUAUACAAAUAGAGAUUUCUUAAGCAGCUGGAUAAGUUUGUCCAGUAUCUACUGCAGAUUGAGAUAAGUUGAAUUGGAUAACUGUAGCCAUUUACCUUUUCCGUUUCUCUUUGAAAUGAUAAAAGGAGGUAUUAGUCACUUAUUUGUAUUGAGAUAACCAAGUAGGUAUUUUUUUCCCCUUGCAGAGAGAGAAAACCAGGCUUAGGCCAAAUCUCCAGUGGUCUCAGAAGUGGCUAAAACAAAGGAUUAGCAACCAACCAAGUGGAGAAAUAAGAGCUGUGAAAGCUAAGAAUGUCUUUAUUUUUAGAAAUUCUUAAAAAUUUAAAGCAUCAGGAAGAUAUUUUUUCCUUUUGGUAUUCUAGAAUUUGUAGACUAGAAAACUGAUUGCUCCUUUGGAAGGGACAUCUAUUCAGCUCAUUUACAGACAUGGAACCAGAGACCUAGUGAGAUAGGAAAACUAGGAUUCAUUAGUCUGAAGCUCCUAUGCUUGACCAGAUGGUAUGUCUGCAUAGUUUUGAUGGGAAUAUCUAUAAAUAGGUGGUAGUUAUAGAUCAGUACUAAGUAAAACAGAAAUUUAGAUAUCUAGAAGACUUCAUGCGAAGAACGUGGAACUGAUACUAGAGUCAACUAAAUGAAUGUAACUCGCCUUCAAGUACUUGGUUUUUGCUUGGCCAGUUACCUGCCUGGUUUUAUUGCACCUCGAUAGGAUUUUCAUUUUGAAAAUGAAAGUUAGUAUUGUUAAGAGGUAUUUGAAUAUCUGGGUUACUCUUCUAUGGUUUCCAAGUUACAGAACAUUAAAUUGAGUUGCACCCCUAUUUGAACAGGUUGUACCUUUCUAAAAUUGGUCAUGUUGGAGGAAAGAUACACGUUUAAAGUGUACAAGAUGGUCAGUUUUUCUUUAUGGAUAGUAACUGAAUUGGAGAUUAGAAAUGGCUUAAGAAAUCUGUAAUAUAAAAAACUAGAUUUUCCCUUUUAAAUUGUGCACUUCGGUUUUUGCUGCAUUCAUUCACUUUAUUAAUACUGCAUAGCAAAGCAGAACAGAGCCAUGGGCAGAUGUCUAGAAAAAUUGAUAAUAUGGUUUAAUUCAGGGACUUGUGCCCUGAAUUAUGGCCCAGUGAUGGCCUCCAGUAGGGAAUUUGCCAGAUAGAAUGAAGAUCCUAUUUUAUGAGUUUAAGCAAAUUUAGUCUUCACUUUGGAACUGUACUAAUAUGAUAGCUGUUAAAAGAAUUUUAAUUGAAAUCCCUGAUACCAUGGCUGUUGCCAUGCCAGUUACCAGUUUAGGGAGAAAAUAAAAUAGCUUAGGUGAAAAUUUUUUUUUAUAUUCAGUAUUUACAGUUUGUAUACACUUAAUGUAUUCUUCAUCCACAAAAGUGAACAGAAUUUACAAAAUGAAAGCAUUAGCCCAUUAAGAUGCCCUGCCUUGCUAUUUUGAAUAAAGGUAUGAGAAGGUUAAAGUCAUAGUGAUAAUAGCUGAUGUAUAUAUUUUUGGUUUUCUAGAAUAUAUUGGUGUUUUUACCAUAGAUAGUUGACACUGAGAAACAACUUUUUUUGUCUUCCUAAUAAUCUUUACUCAAGAGAUCCAAAGAGGAUUUUUUCCCUUUUACUUUUCCUUGUGCUGUGGUAUUAGGUAGAAAUCAUUUUCUCCUUGCCAUACUAAUAGAGCACGGUAAUUUGUUUUUGAAAGAAACUUAAAAUUUCUGGUGGUGUCUUUCAAGAGGGUGUUUGGAAGUCGAUUACGGGGGUGUUUUUCUUGGUCAGCACUAUGGGACAUGCCACAGGCAGUGCCUGGCUUCCAGAAUUCCUUCCUACCCAUCUUGCAGUCUUUCACAAGGAAAUAUUGUUGCCCACAAUGCUGUAAUGGCACCCCCACUUUUAAGCACUGUAACUGCCUCUUGGCAAAAUUUUUAGGUGAAUUAGUUUAACUGCAUUUAUCUGUUAAGAUUAGGUUUUAAGUUAAAACCUGUUCCUUAAGAUUAGGUUUUAAGUUAAAACCUGUUCCUUUCCAGUGACAAUUGUUUGGACAAUUUUAUGAAUAUGGAAGCCAUUUAAUUGUUUUACUAAUAGAGUUAAGAUAUAUUCCAAAACUUUUGGCCAUAUUUUCAUAAUAUAUGUACUAAUUUUGAAUUACUUUUCCACUUUUAUGUGAGUACAGUUAAUGGAAAACAAACGUGCCUUGCCAUACGUAAUUAUUAAAUAAUUAUUAAAAUAAAACUUUAAGAUCAUCUUGCAUCCCACACUUUGGCAGGAAAUAUUGAAUUAAUUUUUAUAUCAUGCCUUUGAAUCCAUCUUGGGAUAGAUUGAGUCAAAUUUUAAGACAUUAAUUUCUCAGACCUGGGUGGUACAAACAAUUAACAGGCUUGUCUGCUAACAGAAAAGUUAGAGGUUUGGGUCCACCCAGAGGCACCUCAGAAGAAGGGCCUGGAGAUCUACUUCUGAAAAAUCAACCAUUGAAAACUCUAGAGAGCACGGUUCUGCUCUGACAUACAUGGGGUCACGAUGAGUUGGAAUCAAUUCAACACUGGUUUAAUUAAUUUCUGAAAAAAUGAAUCGCUGAACUUCAGUUUUUUCUUAUAGAUUCCUGCUAACACAAAUUAAAGAUUGGUUGUGGGGAGGUGUAAUGGAAGAAAAGAAACUGUAGGCUUACAGUUAUCAGAAUUUUAACAAAAUACUGUUUCUGAGUCAAAUUACCGUUUUUCAGUUGAAUAACAGAUGGUUGUCGUGCAUGUUGUCUAAUUUACGGGCCUUCUACUAUACACAACUUUUGUUUGUAAAACAAUUUUAUAAAAUUAUAUUGAAAAUAGGCUGAUUUUUAAAAAGCCUGUUUUUAAAAAUUGGUUUAAACAUGGAUUUAAUAUUGUUUCUUCAAAUUCCUGAUUAUAUUUGUAAGGUCUCUUUAAAAAAACUUGAAAGUACAGCCAAUAAUUAAAUAUGGAAUUUUCCCAGUAUCAUAAGAAUGUGAGUUACAUCCUUUUGUUGUCUUAGAAAUCUGAGUCUUAAUUAGAUACAACUAUUUAAAACUCCUUAUUAAAAUUUUUUUCUGUCCAGGCAUCAGUAUCUAUAAGGAAAACCAAAUACUCCGUAGGCUGUUGGUAUAAUCACACUUUUUUUCCCUUUUCACAUGAACUAAAAUACUUGUGCUUAUAAUGUAUAUCACAUUUUAGCAAGGGAUUGGUGUUAUUUAUUUUAAGUAUUAAAAAUAACUUCAUAGCCUUCAGUAUUCCUCAGUGAGUUCUCUUUGGCACAAAGAUUCACUUAAAAGCCAGAUCAAUUGAUUAAUCACUAUUCCUAUCUUGUAAACCAAAUUUCUUUAGGGCACAGAAUCACAAGUUGUUACCUAAUCUUAUCGUUGGAUUUAUGGCAAAAGUUUCUUUGUAAUAAAUUAUUUCUUAAAAAAAAAAAAAAAAAAA